AAUAAGUGCGCAAAGAUAAGUCAUGACACACAGUGCGCAGCAGACGUUAUCCUAAGUCAGGAUGAUGUCUUAUCAGUGGAUAAUACAUCGGAUGGUGUCAGCUCAAAAGAGGUGGAUUAUUGGCGCUGAACGGAGUGUAAGGGGAGCUGGUGCUUUUAAUUUAUGAAUCCCGAGGCGCCAAUAAGACCACUGGAUGGUUGCCACAAGGAGCACGGGCAGGGCGCUUUUGGUUCGGGAACGUCCCCUCAGAUAGCAGGGUCUCCUCUUCUGAAUGAGCCAAUUUUCUCAGUGCACCUUUUUUUCCAUGAUGUCCGAAAAACUGCUACACAUAGGUGAAGCCAUGAAGCCUGAUGCACUGUUCUAAACUUUUUGGAAAGUGUUGCGUGGUAAUUAUGGAGUUCCUCACCUUAUCCCGUGUAUGAUUUCCACCUGGCUGUCUCGAUUCCAAGGGUAUGUUGUCAUUUUUGUAGACUUUGGGACGUAAAAACACUACGUAUCGGCAAGCAUUAUUUUACCAAAGUUUUCUCAAGUGCAGACUACUUGGUAAACAUCGAGCGGCUACGUCGAAGGAUUUCAGCACUCAACUCAACUCAUCUCAACUCUUUAGCUCACCGGCUGUGCCUGUGGCUGGCUCUUUCAUUCACAAAAUGGAUCUUUGGGAAGUUGCACGGUACCAUAGCCUAUAUAAUUUGGAGUUGAGCUGAAGUAUUGCAUACAGAAAACAAUGGCAUAAAGAAACACUUGCCAGACAGAAUUGAUUACAUAUUUUACUACAUUUCAAUCUUAUUUCAACGUGAUUAUCCUUAUUUUUUUACUUGACCACAACCUGCCAUUGGCAUUUACCUCACCAAAAUCUUACCGACCAUUCGUCAACAGCGCACUGCCAGUAUGUGGACACCUUUACUAUGGUGUACGAGAGUCUUCAUAAUUGUGAUGCUCACCAGCCUGAGAUCCCUGGAUAGCCAGCAUUCUGCAGAUCACUCUAGGGCUGGUGCUCAGAGCCCCGAGCUCCAGCAGGAGCCUCCAGCCCAGCAGGGGGCGCCCUCUGGCUCAUGGGGGUCCUGGGGCCCGUGGGCUGAGUGCUCCCGCAGCUGCGGUGGCGGGGCCCAGGAGCAGACGAGGCCCUGCCUGCCGUAUUCUGCCCCCGUGGCGCCCCACUACCCCGGCUCCCAGCCCGGCGGGCAGCCCCUGUCGCCAGGCCUGGUGGUGUCGGCCCUGCGCCCGUCUGUGCCACUGUACCGCGACACUGGGCACCCCCCUCAUGCCAACAACUCACAGACGGGUGACGCCAGGACUCAGCCGCGAGUGGGCCGCCCGGAGAGAAGGCGUGUGGAUGGGCCCAUCGUCCCGGGGAAGUACGGCUACGGCCGCAUGCCGUACGUGGUGCCCCUCCAGAGAGACCCAGCAGGCUCCGCCCACCAUCACUCGCACCGGCAAAGACGCUCCGCCUACCGGGACGGACGGCCCAGCAGCCCCCGGCAGACCACCAGGCCUCACAACCCCUACUACGGCUACGGAGGCUCCCACCACCAGGCCCCCGUCUCCCAGCCCUGGGGCGGCUCGGCCUGGGUACCCCUCCACCAGCCGGGCACCAACCCGCAGCAGGCCUCGGCCAGACAGGACACAGCUGCGGCCAGGCCCUACAACCCGCUGCCGGACUCCUCUUGCGCCGGCUCACCCACCCAGCACAGGAUCUGCAACACCAGUCCCUGCCCAGCCUCCAGCAGGAGUAUCAGGGAGGUGCAGUGCUCCUCCUACAACAACCAGCCCUUCAUGGGCCGCCUGUAUGAGUGGGAGCCCUUCAACGAGGUUCCAGGAGACCAACACUGUGAGCUGAACUGUCGAGCCAUCGGGUUCCGGUUCUACGUGCGGCAGUCUGACCGGGUCAUCGACGGAACACCGUGUGGACAGAACAACUCCAUCUGUGUGGCCGGGAGGUGCCAGACUCUGGGCUGUGAUGAGUACCUGGGCUUGGGCAAGGUGAUGGACAAGUGCGGGGUGUGCGGCGGAGACAACACGGCGUGCCGGCUGGUGUCGGGCCAGUUCAAGCACAGCCUGACCAAAGUGGGCUACCACAAGAUCGUGGAGAUCCCCGAGGGGGCCACCAAGAUCAACAUCACCGAGAUGGUCAAGAGCCGCAACUACCUCGCUCUGCGCAGUCGAUCGGGACGCUCCAUCGUCAACGGCAACUGGGCCAUCGACCGGCCGGGGAGGUACGAGGGCGUGGGGACCUCGUUCACGUACCGGCGGCCCAACGAGAUCAGCAGCACGGCGGGCGAGUCCUUCGUGGCGGAGGGGCCCACCAACGAGAUCCUGGACGUCUAUAUGAUCUAUCAGCAGCCCAAUCCUGGCAUCCACUACGAGUUCAUCCUUCCCCUGGAUAACAGCGGAGGCCCUCAGCUCCCCACUGACGGCGGUGCAGGAGGGAACACAGUUAACGGCCAAGGUGUGACUGACCGCUUCGACGGCUACAGCGGGUCCAACCAGGGGUCUCAGGGUGGAUUCCCUCCCCUGUUGCCAGACAACCAGGUGCCACAGCCGCAGCCUCCCCGCUGGCAACGGGAGUACAACUGGAAGCUCACCGGCACCACAGACUGCAGCGCCUCUUGUGGCAAAGGCAGCAAGUACUCUGUGUUCCAUUGCGUCCAUAGAGUGACCCAUACGCACGUGUCAGAGACGCUGUGUGACCGCGCCACCAAGCCCAGCCCUCAGGAGGAGGCCUGCAAUACAGAGCCCUGUCCAGCCUUCUGGGACAUUGGCGAGUGGUCCGAGUGCAGCAGGACCUGCGGCUUGGGCAUGCAGCACCGGCAGGUGCUGUGCCGACAGGUGUACGCCAACCGCACCCUCAACGUGCACACCAGCCGCUGUCGCCACCUGGAGCGGCCCGAGACGGCCAGCACGUGCCAGCUGAAGAUCUGCAGCGAGUGGCAGAUCCGCUCCGAGUGGAGUCCCUGCUCAGUGCCGUGUGGAGUGGGGCAGAAGAAGCGGGACGUCCACUGCCUCAGUAACGUGGGCGACGUGGUGGCAGACGAGGAGUGCAACAUGAACCUGAGGCCCAACGACGUGGAGAACUGCGACAUGGGACCCUGCGCCAAGAGCUGGUUCUUCACAGAGUGGGGGAGUCGGUGUUCUGCAGAAUGUGGGAUGGGUGUGCGAACCCGUGGAGUCCUGUGUCUAACCAAUCACAUCAGCAGUCUGCCACUGGAGGGCUGUGGCUCAGAGCGCCCCCAGGAGACUCAAGUGUGCAACAACGGGGCAUGCGACAGCCGCAUAGAGUGGUACACUGGGCCUUGGAGUCAGUGUUCUUCGGACUGUGGCCGAGGGACACAGCAGAGGCUGGUGGCAUGCCUGAUGAGCUCGGACGACGGCUUCACCGUGAUGCCCCAGUACGAGUGCUCGUCCCUGGACAAGCCCCUCAGCCAGCAGACCUGCGAGAUUAAAGCCUGCGGGGCCAAGUGGUACCACACUGACUGGAGUUCGUGCUCCAAAACAUGCGAGGGUGGCUUCCGGAUCAGGGAGGUGCGCUGCCUCUCGGACGACAUGCAGUCCACAGAGGGCUGCGAGGAGCACCUGCGUCCGCCGGACAGAGAGGAGUGCAAUCCUCAGCCCUGCAUCCCCGAGAUAGAUGAGAACUGUCGGGACAAAUACUUCAACUGCAACGUGGUGGUCCAGGCUCGCCUGUGUGUGUACAACUACUACAGGAAUGCUUGCUGUGCGUCCUGCUCGCGGGUGCCCCACAACAGGGCCUCGGGGUUCAGAGGCCAACGAUAG